AUGAACAAAAUGGAAGAGGUUACAAAGCAAUUCUGCAACGAAGUCGAAACGCUAAGCAAAUUUAAACAUGACCAUUUGUUGGAACUCCUCGGGUAUUCACAUGACGGAUCCACCUAUUGCCUUGCUUAUGAGUACAUGUCCGGAGGCACUUUACACGACAAACUUAAAGCACAAAAGGGUAGAUUGCACUGGAAGGAAAGAUUGGAUAUAUCGUUGGGUUUGUCCCAAGCCAUUACUUACUUGCACACUCAAUUUAAAGAUCCUGUGGUGCACAGGGACAUAAAGAGUCCUAAUAUACUGCUUGAUGGAAGCAACAAGGCGAAGUUGGGGACUGACGAGGCCUUAAGAGGGGAAAUUUCUUACAAAAUGGACACGUACAGUUUUGGCAUUGUCUUACUUGAAUUACUGACCUCUUUACCAGUCACAGACGAGAACAGACAAGAAGUUUGUUUAAAUGAGCAUGCAGAAUAUCAGUACAGUAUUGAUGGAAAUGGCUGUAAUUUAUUGGAUAGGAAUGAAGAAGUUGGUGAUUGGUUAACUAAGGAAGUGGAUAUUGGAGAAAAGUUAAUCGAGAUAGCUCUGAAAUGUUUGAAGAAAAAGAAAAUACGGCCUCAUCAGAAGGAAGUCACCGAAAACCUUUUAGAUUUAGCAAAAUACAUGUAG